AAACAAGGUAUACUGUGUCGUUUGAAGACAAACUUUGUCACAAAGUACAGAAAUCAUUGUGAAUGGCUGACAACCGCCUUUGUGUUGCAGUAAUAGGACAUAGUUUCAUUCGACGACUAAAUAUAGAAUUUACUCGUCUAAAUUUUGCAAGAAACUACGACUUGAAAGAGUGUUCGGUGUUCCACAGGGGUCUAGGUGGACUCAAAGCAUGCGAUUCACAUAAUAGUUACCAAGAUGCGGCAACAUUAUUCAAGGAUCGGUUUAGGGAAUAUCUCCUGGACAUUGAACCAACAAUCGUCAUCCUGCAGCUAGGGGAGAACGAUCUGGACUCUCCGGCGGAGCCCCUUAUUAUAGCCAAUGCGCUGGAGGAAAUCAGUCUAAUGCUGGUCAAAGAUUUUGGAGUAAAGUCUGUGUUUAUUGGUGAACUUUUUACUAGGAGGAACCCAAACAACGUGUCGGUAGAAUUAUAUCAUGAAAAACGACUUUUGGCUAAUCGCAUUCUCCGCACACUAGUUGAUUCGCAUGAUGCAGUUCGUUUCUGGACUCACAAGAGGAUAUUCCAGGCGCAAACACCAAUUUUUGCUGCUGACGGGGUCCACCUCAGCCCAUUUGGACAACGACGCUUUUACAGGUCCUUACGACAUGCAAUCAUGACUGCGAUAAGAAGCUCCUACUAAACGAUCGUAGGGGAGUAUUUUUUAAACUAACUCGUUAACAUACAUUUUAAGUAAUAUAUGCAAUCUACUUUAAACAAAAUUUCCUAUUUAAGUUAAAUAUCAAUGUGGCUACUUAGUUAUUAUGCUUUUUGGUUAAAAUGGCCUAUCAUGAUAUUUAAACAUUUAUAUUUAGUGAUUUUUACCCUGGACUACAGAGGUUACUUCUGAUAAUAAGUUUAAAAAAAAAAAAAAAAAAAAGUGUACCCCAAAGUAGUAAUCAACAAGCUACUGUUUGGGUAUCCGACAAAGAUAUAUAUAUAUAUUUUUUUUAAGCCAUUGUAUUGUUUAGCCUCUAUUAUGACUAUCACUUUGCACAAGAUUUCAUCCAAAAACGCACGUGCAAUGAUAUAAUGUUUAUGUGAGGGGCAACUACAAUACAGAUAUAACCUUCUGCAAGUCAUAGACUUACUACGGUGCAUUUUGCAUCCAUGUUUCCUGUGAGCUGUACACUUAAGUGCAGUGAUGUCUGCUUUUGUAUUUUCUGCGACCAUUAUAUUGAGCGCAUUGGCUUUUUGCCUUUAUAUUUUUCUGCGAGUCAUUGGACUUGAGCGCAGUGGCAUUUUGCUAUUAUCUUUUUCUGCGAGUCAUAGACUUUAGCGCAGUAACAUCUUGUAUUUAUAAAUUUUUCUGCGAGUCAUUGAUUGGCUUAAGCGCAGUGGCAAUUUUACAUUUAUAAUUUUUCUGCGAGUCAUAGACUUAAACACUGUGGUGUCUUUCAUAGCACUUAUGCUUAUUAUGAUUUUAAAUAGCCUUAAGUUUACCCACAAUGGGGAUCUUUAGAAAGACCCAUUGUUAUUAUUUGGCCAUAUAAAAGGUUUGUUAUGCUACAUUCGAUUGAUGUGGGUAUACUUAUCUACAUAUAUUUUGUGACACAGUAUAAAAUGCUGUUUGAUUUUCACAGCAUGUGAAUUUCAUUUCACAGCAUAUGAUGUAUACAAUUUUACACAUUUAAACCAUUGCAUGUAUUUACGGAAUUCAUUCGGAUAAAUGAUAUCAAAAAAAAAAAAAAAAAAAUCGUUAGGGGAAGUAACUCCAAUAUGGAAAAUUUAAAAAUCGAUACCAGUUGUCCCCCUUUCCAUUACUUACCAAAAAAAAAAAAAAAAAAAAAAAAUGUUACAUAAUGCCAUCUUAUAACAUAAAUUUAUUUCUUUUCUUAUAAGGGUUAAUUAUGAGUAUGUAUAUUUUAGUCUGAUAAUUAUAACAUUUCAUGUAUAGUGAACUUACAGCUUUUUUAUGCAUUUAUAUAAAUGUAUUUAGAUAUACA